GGCGAUGUGUUUACCUAUGUGUCAUCCGCAGACUGCGACAGCAAUCGUCUUUUAUUUUACGAUGUAAACAAAUAAUAUGAACCCGCGUCUGCUCUCUACUCGCUUUUUAUGAGUGUGAUGUACUCUUCCGCUGCUCCUGUGCGAACGUGAACGCAUCGCCAUGGCAUCUUCUAGUUACACCUGCAUCCAAGACAGCGCCACAGAGAAGGACAGGCUGCUCUCCUCCGUAUCAGGCUAUGGCUCCCAGGAUCUUCUUGGAAGUGGCAGCUCCCGCCCUCCUAGCCUGGUGGGCUCCAAGCUCCUCCAGCAGGAGGAAGAAGGAGAGGAGGAGGCCCUGAGGAGGAAACUCAAGUAUUUCUUCAUGAGCCCUUGUGACAAGUAUCAUGCAAAGGGGCGCAAGCCUUUCAAACUUGGCCUGCAGCUGCUGAAAAUCAUCAUUGUGACUGUGCAGUUGGUGAUGUUUGGACUGAGUAACCAGAUGGUUGUGACGUUUCAAGAGGAAAACACAGCGGCAUUCAAGCACCUUUUCCUGAAGGGCUACAAGGACAAGAAUCCCCACGCUGUCCACACACAGAUGGAGAUGUACAGCCACAUCAAAUUUGCCCUAGACCAGUACUUGGCUCUACCUCAGAUCUCACUGGGACGGUACGCUUAUGUGCCGGGCGUCGGCGUUAACGGAAGCGCGCUCUCCCUCUGUCAGAGGUACUUUAGGAGGGGCACCAUCGACCCUGUCAAUGACACGUUUGACAUCGACCCACAUGUUGUCACAGAUUGUAUUGGACUGGACCCACUGACGUACAGCGCUGCUCCAGGAAACAGUGACUACAAGAAUUUCACUCUCUUGUUUUACAAGCUGAUCAAUGUCACCAUUGACUUCCAGCUGAAGGCCAUCAACAUUCAGACCAUUAUAAAUAAUGAAAUCCCGGACUGCUACACCUUUGCUAUCACAAUUGUGAUGGAUAACAGGGCGCACAGCGGUAAAGUUACGAUCAGUCUUCAGAACCGUGCCUCCAUUAAGGAGUGUAAAGACCCUAAUGUGACUGGACGUGCGGAGAAUUACGCGCAGGAGUUCUUUGAUGUGCUGGUGGCCAUCGUCUGCGUGCUGUCCUUGCUGCUGUGUGGACGCUCCAUCCUCAGAGGCAUCCUCCUGCAGCAUGAGUACGUGCAGUUUUUCAAACACAAACUGGGCCGCAGCGUGAGCUGGGGAGACAGGAUGGAGUUCAUCAACGGCUGGUACAUUCUGCUCAUCGUCAGUGACACGUUCACCAUCAUCGGCAGCUUCAUCAAAAUUGGGAUAGAGUCCAAGAAUCUGUCAUCAUAUGAUGUUUGUGGGAUCUUGCUGGGAACGUCCACUCUGCUGGUGUGGGUGGGAGUCAUCCGCUACCUCAGCUUCUUUCAGAAAUACAAUAUCCUGAUUGUGACUCUAAGAGCUGCUUUUCCCAAUGUCAUCCGCUUCUGCUGCUGUGCGGCCGCCAUUUAUUUGGGAUAUUGCUUCUGUGGCUGGAUAGUGCUGGGCCCCUACCAUGCAAAGUUUCGCUCCCUGUCCAUGGUGUCAGAGUGCCUGUUUUCUCUGAUCAAUGGAGACGACAUGUUUGUAACAUUCGCUGAGAUGGAGCACAGCGGCACGCUGGUGUGGACCUUCAGCCAGAUCUACCUUUACACCUUCAUCUCCCUCUUCAUCUACAUGGUGCUGUCGCUCUUCAUCGCACUCAUCACCGGAGCUUAUGACACCAUUAUGGCCCAAACACAGGAGCAGGCACACAUCACAGAUCUACAUGCAUUCAUUGCACAAUGCACGGACACGCCCAGUUCUGGCAAGUUCCGUGCACCCGAAGCCUCAUCGUGCUCCUUCCUCUGCUGCUGUGAGUGGUGAGGACAGUGACCUAGUAGAAGCACAGAGGGAGUAAGCAGCGUGUAUGUUGAAGGACAUGGGAGUCUUUCCCCCCCCCCCCCAUCUUUAAAGCACCAUAUUUCCACUCCAGUGACAGCUGACUGCUAUUCCACUCCUUUUUCCAGACACCCAGCAAAGAGGGACGAUUAACGUCUUGAGGCAGAACUGAGUGACCUUGGACUACUUUGUCCCCCGCUGACCCUGUUUGAAUUUUGCAUUUUCAUUUGUGCUGGAAUGGUAGAUUGCACUGAACACUUAAAGGCCCAAUUACCUGCUUCAGCUUUUGUACUGUACUGUAUGAAUAAUUUAUUGUGUCUUUCUGACUUGUCAGGUUCGUCAGGCUUUGAUGGCUAGAAGCAUAAUGUCGGUAAACACAGGCUGGACACCGGGUCUGUCGGGUCAAAUUAGGAUACAUUUUCGCUUGAAUGAUCCACCAUUUACAGGGUUUUCAUGAUCAUUUUAUUGUUCGCAUGGCUACUUAGGCAAAAGGAUUUUCAUAUGUCUUGAUUAUGUAAAUAUAUGUAUGUCUUGUGGAUUUUAGGCAUAAGGGUGAGGCCAGGCAAACUGGGGAAAAAAAAAAAAGAUUGAUCAUUAACAGCAGUACAUGUGCUUUGGCUAACAGUCAAGGCCAUUCUUCCACUCCAGUUCAAUUUGCUUGCUCCUCAUCUCCAUUGUUCACGUCCUCCUGUGACUGGAAGGAGAUGAUAGCCGUGUGAGGAAGGACAAGCCCUGCGGCCAACCAGCUAGUCAUCAAUAUGUAUGAACCGUUUCUCCUAUAAGGUGGCAGGUGUAGGUCUGUGCUAAUGCACUGCAAGGCAGGGUGUGCUUUGCUAGAACAUGUGAGGUUAAUGUGCUGCCUUACAAACACACAGUAACUACUGAAGAUGAUAAAUAAUUUUAUGCCUUUUUAUGUUAAUUGGUAGUAGACCUUUUUCACAGCAGCCUUUUUAGCAAUGAAAUAUGUAAAUGUAGGCGUUGUCUAAUGACAUCAGUGAUUUUUUUUUCCUUAAUACCUGCAUUUAUGUUUAUAUUUGAUGUCAGAAUGGCUGCACUAAAAAAAUCUUUAAAUUUGUUGUAGCUGUUAGACUAAGAAAAAAAUGAAGGAAAAAAAUGAAGGAGACUAUUUAGUACCCAAAUGAAUUUUUGAUUCCCCUUCCCUCUCUUGUUCUUUUCAGCCAGUGACUUUUUAAUGGUUUAAAAAUACAUUCAAAUGUUUGAUUUAAAUGUAGCUUAACCACGUGAUCGCACAGGAAUUGCUCUGGUUCUGUUUACUGCUACUCUGCUAAACUAGGCUAAUUUUGUUUUAGCAGCAUUUGUUUAGCGGGUAAUGUUUUCUCACCCCUCCCCAUUACAGUAUUGACUUAUUUUUGUAUAGUUCAGUUCCUAAGAUACUGGAAUAUCAAAACUGAAUUUUCAUUUUCUAGUAAAUGAGAAGAAGUUGGCUAAAUUUGCUUUAACUAAGGCAGUUUUGGCUAGUAGCUUUUAUAGCUACUAUACAGUCACAAGAUUUUGGUUUUAACUGUUCUUGUUUAUUUUUACUCUUUUCCCCCUCAUUUCUUUCCUAAUUACACAGUUGUACAGUAUAACAAUAUUACAGGGAAAAUCUCCAAAAGUCAAAUGCCAGUCCAAGCAUUUUCCUUUCUAAUAUUUCUUGAAAUAUAUAGCUAAUACUUUUUGUCUUUGUAUACUAGUUUGGAUUGUAAGCAGCAUAGUUGUGUCUCUAUUUUAUAUAAUGGUUCACUUAGACUCUUUCUGUUGAAGCUAUGUGUGAAAUGGCUCCAUUAUUUUAUUCAUGGAUGGAUAAGGACAUCUCUUGAAGUACCUAUAUAAACUUGAAGUAGUGGUGAAGAUGCAGUAUGCUGCAUAGGGUGAUAUGAACGGCUUUCAGUGCACAAAAACUGGAUCGGGACAACGGGAACAAGGGGUUUUGAAAUGCAACAGAUAUCUGGCAUUUGUAUUAUUUUUAAUGUGAACUUAUUUGUUUACUUUGAUAUUGUUUACAGUUAUAAAGAGAGGGUUUUUUUAAGUGGCAUUUCUGCAGACGUAUUUAUUUCCUCUUAAUUAAAGACCGAUGCACAACUUAGAAUGGUGAUAUAAUGUGCCACAUAGGAGUUGUAUAUCACAGUGGAACAAUGCACUAUAAAUGCAACAUGUUUGUUAGUGUUCUCCUGACACUUGUGGAAAAGCUCUUUAAGUCUGUUUUGAUUUAAUGGGAACAGCUGUGCACUGUGUUUGUUUGGCUGCUUUUUUUCAUGCUGUCUUAAUUAUUUUUUACCUAAUUUUGAGAAAGUGCAAGAUUGCCGAUCUGAGGAAUUUGUACAGGUUUUUACUUUCUUUUUUGUGAAGAUGUUGUCUUCUGAACGCAAAAUAAAAAAGAAUUUAAAAAAUGUCGUGGCUCGGUCAGCACUGAUGACAUCUCUUGGACUAAUCCUUAAUAAACUGGGCAAUUUAUGUCAAUGAAAACAAA